AAUGGAUAACGAUUCGAACACCGAAAUUUUCCGAUCCGAUUGCAUGGGAGACGUAACAUCAACACCUCGAUUUCCGAUAAAUUAUAACGAUUUAAAUACUUAUACACCUAAUUCUUUUACAUCUGAUUAUUUUUCUUUUUCAUCUAGCUCACCAUAUGAGUCACCAGUCGAUUUUCCUGAUAUAAUGGAUGAGAUUGAGCGAGAAAAGAGUUCCUCCUACCAAAUAGUUCUCGAGUUAGGAAGAAAUAUAUCACCGUUAACUAAUCCGGAUUGCGAAGUUCUACUGGAGCAAUACGUCAGGCAAACGCACGAAUCCAACGAUGAUUUUUACGUACCAAUCGAUGAAAAUGGAUCAUUUGUAUUUCCUGCCUUGAUGGAUGCCCUAACCGACCCGGCCGCGGAAAAUUCUGUACCUCUUUGCGUGACGCCGCAGGAGAAAAUGUUUAAGCAGCCAAGAUUACAAGAUUCGAAACCUCCUAAAGCAAGAAAUCGUGGUGGACGCUCUUACACACAGAUUCAAUUGUUGGCAGAGGCGGCACUGCGAACGGAAGAAGCUUUAUCGUUACAACAAUUAUUUGAUGCAGUUGUGGAAAUGCAUCCGGAAGUGAUAGAACGUUAUCAAGUUCCCCAGAAACUUCGAGAAAGUCUUAAGCAUUGCUUAUGUACAUGUAAAGGCUUUGUGAAGGGUGAAAGAAGUGGCAGGGGCAAUUUGUGGACCGUUCACCCGGCAGCUAAGAAAUUAUUCAAAAAAGGAAUAUUCGCAAAAAAAGCUAUCGAUGCAGCUGUGUUUCGUUAUUAA